GCCUGGCCGAGGCCGCGCUAGGGCGCUGGAGCUGCCACAGAGCGGCUGUCAUGGCGUCGGAGGCGCUGGCUGAGGAGAACCGGCCGCGGUGUCUAUAGGACCGGGGGCGGGCGGCCGGGGAUGGAGAGAGGCCCUGACAGCCCGCAGCCUCUGGAACUCGGGGUGGCGGCGGGGCGAGAGUCGCCGCCGGAAGGGCGACGGCGCGGCGGGCGCGAGGCUGAGGAUGGUCCCGCAGGACGCUCGGAGGGGAGCGACGGGCAGGGGGCGGCGGCCGCGCGGAGCAGCCUCGGGGACCCGCCGCCGCCCUCGCCGCACGGCCGCGACGCGGGCUCGGACCUGAAGGACAGCGCGGCGCCCAGCCCCGCCGCCUCGGAGGCGCCUCCGAGAGGGCAGCGCAAGGUGACCGCCUCCCCGGAGCUGGCCGAGGCCGCGGCGGCCCGAGGGUCGGGGCCGGCGGGAGAGCCGGGCACCUGCGGGGUGGAGCAGGCGGCCGAGGAGCCCAGCAGCGCCGGCGCCCUGAGCAGCAGCUGCAGCGAGCCGAGCCCCCCGGGGGACUCGCCCAGCCUGGACUCCCUGGAGUCUUUCUCCAACCUGCAUUCUUUCCCCAGUAGCUCUGAGUUCAACAGUGAGGAGGGAGCGGAGACCAGGGUCCCCGAGGACGUGGAGGAGGGCGCGGCGGGGCCGCCCGGGGCUGCACCUCUGUGCGAGGAGGAGGAGGACCCGGCUCAGGUGCUAGCGGCCUCCAAGGAACGCUUUCCCGGACAGUCGGUGUAUCACAUCAAAUGGAUCCAGUGGAAGGAGGAGAACACGCCCAUCAUCACCCAGAAUGAGAAUGGACCCUGCCCUUUGCUGGCGAUCCUCAAUGUUUUGCUUCUGGCCUGGAAGGUGAAACUUCCACCAAUGAUGGAAAUCAUAACUGCGGAGCAGCUGAUGGAAUAUUUAGGCGAUUACAUGCUUGAGGCAAAGCCAAAAGAAAUUUCAGAAAUUCAACGUGUAAAUUAUGAACAGAAUAUGAGUGACGCUAUGGCGAUCUUGCACAAACUGCAGACAGGCCUGGAUGUGAAUGUCAGGUUCACUGGGGUGCGAGUGUUUGAGUACACGCCAGAGUGCAUAGUCUUCGAUCUUCUGGAUAUUCCUUUGUAUCAUGGGUGGCUAGUGGACCCUCAGAUUGAUGACAUUGUAAAAGCUGUUGGCAAUUGCAGCUACAACCAACUGGUGGAGAAGAUCAUCUCCUGUAAGCAGUCAGACAACAGCCAGUUGGUUAGUGAAGGCUUUGUAGCUGAGCAGUUUCUAAACAGUACAGCCACUCAACUGACGUACCAUGGAUUAUGUGAACUGACUUCAACGGUUCAGGAAGGAGAACUCUGUGUGUUCUUUCGGAAUAAUCAUUUUAGCACCAUGACAAAAUACAAGGGUCAACUGUAUUUGUUGGUAACAGACCAGGGGUUUCUUACUGAAGAAAAAGUUGUCUGGGAAAGCCUGCACAAUGUGGAUGGUGAUGGAAAUUUCUGUGACUCAGAAUUCCAUCUUCGGCCUCCUUCAGAUCCUGAGACUGUGUACAAAGGUCAACAAGACCAAAUAGAUCAGGACUACCUUAUGGCACUGUCACUGCAGCAAGAACAGCAGAGCCAAGAAAUCAACUGGGAGCAAAUCCCAGAAGGAAUCAGUGACCUGGAGUUGGCGAAGAAACUCCAGGAGGAGGAGGACAGACGGGCCUCUCAGUACUACCAGGAACAGGAGCAGGCGCAGGCGGCUGUGGCUGCUGCCACCACUUCCAUACAGGCCCAGGGACAGCCAGCACAAGCCUCUCCAUCAAGUGUAAAACAGCCUGGGAAUAGUGACCGGAAACGCAAGGAACCUCGGGAAAAAGACAAAGAGAAAGAAAAGGAAAAAAAUAGCUGUGCAAUUUUAUAGGAAGUGCUGGCGUCUCUGGGAACCACCUAUGCAGAUGACGGAAAGGAAGACCCAGUACCUACCGUCUGUGCCUGAUCUCCCAAUGGAUUUUGCUCAUGUUUUCCAGGGGAAGGUUGAUACUUUGUUACAAUCAACAUUUUCAAGUUACACAAUACACUCUUUAUGAGCUGGAGUUUUAUGUUACAAGUUGGAACUGUUGUGUAUUGUCACUCGUAGCCAAAUAAGUAUAUCACUUCUAUUUUGUGUCUAGUAACAUAGCAACUCCAAUCAGUUAGUAAGCUACUGUGUUCUGUCUGACAAUGGAUGGAGGUCACUGAGUGAGUCUGAUCCUUCUCAAGAUGUAAUUAUUAGCACAAUUAUUUCUGAAACUUUAUGUUGUUAAAUUAUGUUCUAAUCCAUGAGAAACGAGGAGUUUAAUAUAGGGAGGGGGAAAGCAGGAAUAAUGACCCUUCAUUGUACAUUGAAUUGGUUCAGCCCUUGACCAGCUUUACCUUUCUUUAGUAAUGUACAUCUUAGCUAUUAUCUUUAGAACUGAUAAUGGAGCCUACAUCCAAUUUAGAUAGAACAAAAUAUUUUUUAUUUUCUAAUAGCAAAACAAACAAAAAACCACACUACACUAAUACUUAUAACCUAUCCAGAUCAGAUACUGACUUUGUAGUGCUGUGAGAUGUUUAAUUUCAGUACCUUCAGGUAGCCUGAAUGGUGGUUUCUGUUUGCUAAGGAUGUAAUAGUGAGUGAGGAGGAGACCACACUCAUGUUCAGCCUUGUAAAUAAGGACAGAGAAGAGCAGAGUUCACUGUCUACCUUUUUCUAGAAUUACCUUGAACCUUAAAUUUUAAAUCAUGUUUAUUGCUAGAAAAUUAAGCAUAGUUAUUUAAACCAGUAAAAAGCACAUUUCCGAAGGAGAGUCAAUCUCUUGACUCUAGUGAAAAGAUAUUAAAAUUUUGAACAUAGGUAGAAAUCUGAAGGAAUUUAUGUAAAAGCAAUCAGAUUUUUUAACUUAUGAGAACCAAAUAAACCUAAGACAUCUUACAUCAUUUAUAGGAUUCUGAAAGAAUAUUUAUUCAGCUUUGUGAUGAGGCAGCACAUAAUUGUAUUUCUAGAUACAGUUUGGAAAACUAUCCUUAACAGUCCUUUUUAUAUACUUUGUAUUUAAAGUUUGUUUUGAAGAUUAUUGCCAGUGCAGGUAGCUGUGUGAUUUAUCCUAAGCCUCGGUAAACUUUAUUCAGGAGCAUCACAGAUUGAAUUUCCAAUUAGAGAAUAUUUCUUGUGGUCAGGAGCCAACAAAAGACUACCAAAAAGAAAGUGGUCUAGAGUUUCUUAAGACAAAUUGUCAUUAAUGUCCUCUGUGAUCCAGCUGUAGGCUAAAUCUAUAUGUAAAAAGUAGAGUUUUAUUUAUGAAAAGUAUUGUUCUAAGGGGAAAAAUUUUCAGGGCCAGCCAUGCUGUAGCCUUUAUAUCCUUCUAUAUUACAUGUCUAUUUAUGUUCUUGUUGUUUCUUCAUAUUUCCUACGAUAGCAUGGGGACUAAUCACAGACUCUGCCUGGGGUGUAAGAUUUGUGUUUAAAAUACCCAGUAAGUUUCUUGGUUCCAGCCUAGAGUGAGUGCAAAUUGUCAGAGAUCAGACCCCUUUGGGUGGACUGACCUCAGUGUACCCAUGGUAGCACUCUGCUGAUUGGAUGAGAAAGCUCAAACCUCAGGGUUUGCUUUCCCCAGAACAGUCUAAUACUUUCAUUUAGAAAACAAUAAACCUUGAGUAAUUUUUAAAAGUAUACUUGAGGCAUAUUUUUCAUAAUUAUAUACAAUAUCUAUUUAUUGCCCUUGAAGAAUCUAUAUAUAUAAAUUAUGUUAUUUUUUACUAUCUUAGUUUGUUCCAAAGAUAAUACUGCCAUACUGCAUUCCCUCUAGAAGGAAAAACAAAACAAGUACAACUUCCUCUAAAGCAGCGGUGCUGCUCCGAUAAGUAGAUAUGCACUUAUGACAAGCAAUGUGCUGUUAAUCCGACCUGUUCCUGGUGAGACUUCACGUCAGGCAUGCUGACAUUCCUGGGAUUCAGUUUGAUAUGACAAGAGUCAUGACGAGAUGUUCGUUUUCAUUGCUGUGGGAGAAAUUAAAUGUUUGAUUCUGUUAAAACAAAUUUCUGAGAUAUGCUUUCCUGUUCUUGAAGGCUGUCAAGGAUCUAAACUGCCACGUGUUUAUUUCCUGUUUUGCUCAAGGUAGCAAGUGAUAGGCAUAUUGUUAUUGUUGCUUAUUUGGGUAUCUAGUACUUUGAAAAUGAUAUUUUGAGGGAUUUCCUCCCUCACAAUACUUUGUAAUACUUGAAAUUGUUAUACACAUAUUGCUAAAAGACAUUAGAAUUUAAAUAUUUUGGGGUUUAAUGGUUCUAGGCUAAAUUUCAUACACCAUUUGGCUCAUGUGCCCACUCAACAUGAGAGUUAGCAGAAGGCAGGUGGAAGAGGAGAUGUGGUCCCUGGCACUUUUCUUUUGCUUUCAAAGCAUGGUCUUAAGGUUAGUGGCCAGUCUGUAUUAACGUGCACUUCCUCAUGAGUGACCGUGUUGUAUCAGCAAUGCUGUGGGUUAUACGAGUUUGUCAAUACCAAGAGUCAUGUGUAUAUCUCUGAAGCAGCUUUCCAUGACUCCUGUUUGGGUCUCAAAGCAAUCUGAAAACAUUGUAUCAAUCUAAAAGUUGUCAUUUUAAAAAAUAUUCACACACACCUGAACUAGGAGUGUCACUAAGUGGUAGAACAUUUGCCCAGAGUGCACAAAGCCCUGGGUUCAAAUCCUAGCAAAUGUACAUACAGUAAGCAGGAUGAUAUAAGGCAGCUAAUCACACAGCCUUGGCCUUACGCCCAGCCAAGUUUCAAGGUCAGGCUAGUAUUUGGACAAGACAGAGGCUUUGAAUUAGGUUCGAGAAUAUAUCUAAGCUUGUGUUUACUGCCUCACUCUUCUUUAGUUUGAUAAUUUACGUUAUAUUUUUAAUUCUUUCUCAUGCUCCUUGAUCUUGGCUUACUUAAGCAAGAUUAGACCACGUUAGUUCACUAAACUCACUGUUAUCCAUUCUGUACUCACACAAAAGCUUCAUAGCAUUUUGUCCAUGAACCAUAAGCUUAAUGUAGACCUUGAGGACCACAGGGAAGGUAUGAGGAAAGAUCAUGACUCAUGGUUACUGUCUGUGUUGGCAUGUGAAUGGAUAUCUGUAAAAUCCUAGCAAAUUAGGCAAGAAUUUUCAGAACUGUCCUCGGUCUUGCUUAAGUUUUUAGACAUGGUCUUGCUAUAUAGCCAGGCUGGCCUGGAAUUGACUGUUGUAGCCUCAGCUACCUUUAAACCCAGAAUCUUCCUGCCUCAGCUUCUCACUGCUAUGACUACAGGUAUAUGUCACCAUACACAGCUUGUUUAAACUUUCUUUAGAAAAGCAAGUAGCAAACUCCAUUUUGCAUAGCUUUCUUAUUCAUCGUACCAGUUUUUUUGUUGUUUUUUUUUUUAAUGACAGAAAAGCAUACAGGUUUCACUGUCUAGGCAUGUAAUUUAAAUUGAAAAAUUAAUAUCUGACAAAAUGAGGCAGAGACAUUAAAGAUAGUCACUCAUUUAUAUUUUAAGGAAUUAGACAUGUGAAAUUCUGGCUCAUUUGGUGUUUGAAACCUGACUUUGGGUAUGGUAACACACACCUGUCAUCCCAUGUUUGAGAGGCUGAAGCAGGAGAAUCCUGAGUUCAAGGCCACCCUGAGCAAGUAGUAAGACCCUGUUUCCAAAAUCAAACCUGACUUUGUCUUGUUUUGGCAAUCGUUGUGUGCCUCAGUUUUUCCUCUAUAUUCAGGGUGCUCCUCUUUCCCCAACCACCAAUGCUUGGUUCUCCUGAGUAAAUGCCAUACUUUGAGCACUGAGAAUUACUGAGAUCAUCACAGACAUUGUACAUCCUCCACUCCUGAAUGUGCAGACUUUUUAUGGCUUAAGUCAGUUUUGUUUUGUUUUGUUUCUUUAAUGCUGUUAGAGUCUGUAGAGUUCCUUUGAAUUUGGCAUCAUGGCUUUCAAAAAUGUUUUGCAGUUGCUUUUGUAUUCGGUAGACUAGUGUCAAGAUUGGGGAGUAUUUGGGCAUAUUAAACAUGCACUUUACAAAUCUGUUUUCCCGUAUCUUUCACAGGUGUGGCAUUUAGAGCCUUUAGAGCCCCUUGGUGUAGCUCUGCAGGGUAGAGGAUUAUCAGGAACUGACUUUGCUCUCCCCACUGCCGUCUAGACAACUUAUUUGUGGCUUAGCGUGAAAAUGGAUUCUGAUCAUGUACAAGUGAGAGACUGUAAAGGAAUGUAUUUGAACCUUAAGAGUCCUUGGUUCUCUAAUAAUUUAGUAUCUUUUGUUAUUGAUGUCUGACACUUCUUAAACUGCUAAGGGGAAAAAUUAUGAAGAUUUGAGUUUACUUUUCUUAGGUAACAGUUUAAAGCAACUUUAAAAUUAAAAGCUCCCUGAUAGGAAUAAGUUAUAGAGACAACAAAACAGGAGGAAACCUUGCAGGUCGCCGGGAAACUUAGUUUGAAAAUCUAUCUAAAAUUUAAUUCAUGCAUGUCUUAACUUAAUCCCGGUAUUUCUGCUAUUAGGAAAUAGAGCUUAACAAAUUGAUAUAUGCAUAUAUUUUUUUACAUGUAGGAUUCUAGUUUCUAUCUUUUGAACUCAAGAAAAUUUAACUCAAACAGGGUAAAAAUCUUCAACUUUGCCUCAAAUUCAAUGUUCCUUUGUCUUGACAAAGGUUAGUUAGACUUGUCUAAUAAGCUGGUAUUUUUAAGGCAUGAUACCCUCCUGUUAACUAGUUAAAAUACCAUGUCAGAGAUAGGAAAUCCAAGCUUUGCCCCAAGUUAAGGUAAAGAACAAAAGCUCCCUUAUCCCAGAAAGCGUCCACUCUAUCUAGCGUGAAUUGUAAAGACUUCCUCAGCUCACAUCAUAAUUUGUCACUUGUCACCUUUUAAAUGUUUUCUCCAUCUGCACUGUAACAUCUGGAGAGGCAGGGCGGCUCAGUAAUCAGAGGGCACACAACAUGGUGUCCUGCCGUAGGCAGUCCUUGCUUCUUCGGCUCCAGGGGUCACUUUACAGCUUUAUGUUGACAGUCAGGAAGCUGAAAUACCAUUAGAAACCAUGAAUCACUGAUGACACCCUAACAGAAAUGCCCUAUGAUACCACCAAGUCAUGCAGUGAGUUUUAAGACAGAGAUUGCUGUUUAAUCUUUGGAAAUGAUGUCUGGUUUGUGAGAAUGUCUGUCGGUGUUGCUUCCCACCCUUAUUUGUAUGACAUAACCACUGUGACAGGAGGCAGUGUCUCUUCACUUCCCAGGUUUCUUCUAGUUUUUGUUAAGACUUAUUUUCCUCAAUAAAAUGGUAAACUGUUAUCACAGAUCCACAUGAGACCAGAUAAUAGAAGACUGAUGUGUGACUGCAAAAUGAGAGAGGGAUAAUCUCCCAGGAAACUCAUUUCCUAAUGACAGCACAUUUGACUCUCUUCCCUUGACUUGGGCUGAAUAAGCAGGUUGAAACGUGGAUUUGGGAGAGUAACAAGUUAAAUGGAAUGAUCACUGAAACUGUCAUUUUGAACAGCACUAAGGAGAAGAAAUAGGUUUUCUUCCUCCACUUCAGUGAGGCUAACUUGGAGCGGUGUGCUAGCUGAAAUGGGCCCUCAAAAUUGACUAUAAGGACAGAGUGCCCCUACUCACCUUUCCUCACUGUCCCAGUAGCUUUUCUAAUUCCGAUAAUUCAUUCUUCUGCUUUAAAUGCAAGUGAAGAAUGAUGAGUAACAGAGAUGACAUACAAGCACUGGGAUAUGCUCUUUCAAAAAAGACACCUAAAAUGUACCGACCCAUUACAGGGCCCAACUGAUUUCUGUGAAAUACUUACUGUUUUAAUGCUAAUUAUGCUAAGACCACCUCUAAAAAUUAUGUCUCAAAUUUCAAGUUUCACUUUUGGAAACUACUCCUGAAAAGACAUUGAAUAUAGGUGGGAAAGUAUAAAAUGUUUCUGACACAAUGAUUCAGUAUUAUUCAGUGUUUAAUCUCAAAUUUGUUGUUGUACCACAAAUGUAGUGUCAUCAUUGGAUGAAAACGUUGGAUGUUUUUGUUAAUAUACUUAAAACUGUAACCAGUGAAUAACACCGUAGUAUUUUUUAUUAUAGAUUAUAUUUUAUUUCAAUAAACUUUGAUAUUUAGACUGAA